UGGGAGUUACCAAAUCUAAACAGCCCCACGGAUUCGCAUCAGCAGUCACACGACUGCAGAGAGGCUUGUUUUUGAGGAUUUCUGAAUUCUCCUUGUUUUUUUUUUAUUGAGUUUUUAUUUGUAAAGGAUCAUGCUCGCUGUCGUGGUGGCAGGUUUCGGAUUCGUAGCUAUAGUGUUGAGACUGCUGUCCUCCCACAUCAGGUUUGUUUGCAGGAAAUACGCAGCAGGCGGAGUGUGUCUCUCCACAGCACGUUUGGAUGGGAAAACUGCACUGAUUACAGGAGCGAACAGCGGGAUUGGGAAGGAGACGGCAGUGGACCUGGCCUUGCGGGGUGCACGGGUGAUCCUGGCCUGUCGGGAUAUGGAGAAAGGUGAGGACACGGCCGCAGAGAUCCGCAGGCGGGUGGGUGGGGCUAAGGUGGAGGUUCGGGAGUUGGACCUGGCUGAUACCCGCUCCAUCCGAGUCUUUGCACAGAGAUUCCUCAGAGAGGUCAAUCACCUGCACAUCCUGAUCAAUAAUGCAGGGGUCAUGAUGUGCCCUUACAUGAAAACAGCAGAUGGCUUUGAGAUGCAGCUGGGCGUCAAUCACCUCGGUCACUUCCUGUUAACCUACCUGCUGAUUGGCCUGCUGAAGCGCAGCGCCCCGGCCCGAGUGAUUGUGGUCUCGUCUUUGGCACACUACUUUGGCUGGAUCCGUUUCCACGACCUUCACAGCCAGGGCAGCUACAACAGCGGGCUGGCCUACUGUCAGAGCAAGCUGGCCAACGUCCUCUUCACCAGAGAGCUUUCUCGCAGACUGACAGGUUCAAAUGUGACAGUGAACUCAGUGCACCCAGGGACAGUGAAGUCGGAGCUGGUCCGUCACUCCACAGUGAUGUCCCUGCUGUUCACACUCUUCUCCAUGUUCCUGAAAACACCGCGGGAGGGUGCGCAGACCUCCAUCUACUGCGCCACAGCCGAGGAGCUACAGUCCAUCUCAGGAAAACACUUCAGUGACUGUGCUCCAGCCUCGGUCGCUCCUCAGGGCCGCUGUGAAGAAACGGCUCAGAAACUCUGGGAUGUCAGCUGUGAGCUGCUGGGCAUCGAAUGGGACUGAAAUCAUUCCACCAUCCCACCCCUCCCCCGUCUGUCCCUCGCUCCAUCUGAGCCACAUCAGAUCACACUGUACCUCAUUGUUUCACACAUGUUGACUUAUGUUGAUAUUCCCCUUCCUUAUUUAAAGCCCUAUAAAGCCCUGCUGGAGCUGGAUUAGUUAUCCCAGGUUGUGAGGAGGAUGUGGGGGGUAACAUAUUUCUAUCCAGAUUUAAUUGACUGAUUGGCAGAAGAAAAGGAACGCAUUAUUUACUGCAGACAGUUAUUUUAAUAGAAGAUGUAAGAGGAAUUAUUAAAAUGACCUCUCUGGGUGAAACUAAUCCAGCUCAGCGCCUUUACACUACACACCCCCACCCACCCCCUCAGCCACCCACUCACCCACCCUGUUCCUGUUCUACCAUUUGCCAAACGCCUCGCUGUGUCUGUGAACCUGCGGCCGAGCACUCACUGCCCGACACUCAGAGGUUGAACAGCGUUCAGAAGCUACACUCAGGCUCCUGGCUUCGUCCGAAGGUGUGGACCACUGUAUUAAUAUUUCUCUCAAGUCGUUCGUCCACUGGGAGUUCGAAUGUGGAUCGGAGUCGUUUCCAUUUCAUGACCUCCACACUGCUGCUGCCUAGAACUGUGCUGAGGUUUUUAUACAGAUGUGAACAUGCCUUUUUACUAUUGUUACAUUCAUGACCAGAGAACGAGAUUUGAUUAUAUUAUAAUAAUAUAUUGUGUGAAAAAAAAAAUCAUGUUUGCAGUG